GUACUUAUUCGUGCUACUUUUUAAAAACAAGGACAAACUUGGCAUUAGGUCCUACUCAAGGUUUAUGCUUCAUCGCCGUUACUGAUAAUUACUCUUUACGGAACUAUUAUCUGUUCAAAACAUCAUGUUCAAAUACAUUCUUUUCUUCAUAGUAUUUUCAGUAAUUUCGAAGCCUUUGACUGCUGAAAAAUUGGUUAACGGAACUUGUCCAUCUAGUCAAAGAACAUUCUGCUAUGAUGGGAUUAUUGUACCUAUGUGGAGACCAUCCACAGGCAUAACUGCCGGCGACAAGGCUGCUAGGGCCAUCGUUUACUUUUCAGCACUUAUGUAUUUAUUUUUGGGUGUGUCUAUAAUUGCCGAUCGUUUCAUGGCUGCAAUCGAAGUAAUCACUUCGCAAGAAAAGGAAGUGACUUUGAGAAAGAAGAAUGGGGAAACUCAAACGAUAUCCGUCCGCAUAUGGAACGAGACUGUUUCAAAUCUAACUUUGAUGGCUUUGGGGUCUUCUGCUCCCGAAAUUUUAUUAUCUGUUAUUGAAAUAAUUGGGAAGAAUUUUGAAGCUGGGGAUUUGGGUCCUGGCACUAUUGUCGGUUCUGCAGCCUUUAAUUUGUUUGUCAUAAUCGGCGUAUGCAUAGUUGUCGUUCCUGAUGGACAGAUACGUCGAAUUAAACAUUUAAGUGUCUUUUUCAUCACAUCGUCGUGGAGUCUGUUCGCUUAUCUUUGGAUGUAUCUCAUUAUAGCUGUUUUUACGCCUGGAGUAGUGGAAGUUUGGGAGGCACUGCUUACGUUUAUCUUUUUUCCCGUUAUUGUGAUUUGUGCAUACUUAGCCGAUACAAAAAUUUUCUUUAAAAAGUUUCUUAAGAAGAAAUAUCGUGCAACUGCCCUAAUGAAAGCUGCAAACGGUGAUUUAGAAUUGACCAACCACACUGAAGAAGUGACAUAUGCUCCUGCUGAUGGGGACUUAUUAGUUGACGAAUCGGAAUUCGAUCGCCAUCGUAUGGAUUAUGUGGAAGCUAUUAAAGAAAUUAGGAAACGAAAUCCGAAUAUCGGAAUGAAAGAAUUGGAAGAACUAGCCCAAAUGGAAGUGCUUAAUAAGGGUCCCAAGUCCAGAGCUUACUACAGAAUGCAGGCAACACGCCAACUUACAGGGAGUGGAAAUGUCAUCAAAAAAGCUAAAGUUGAACGUCGAAUGUCUUUUGAUGAUAACCGACUAACAACAGAAACAUAUCCUCCACACGUUCAGAGGUUCUUUUUUAAUCCUGGUCACUACACCGUAAUGGAAAACGUUGGAACGUUUCCUGUGACAGUUACUCGUGUUGGUGGCGAUAUGCACGCCGUCGUCUCUGUUGAGUACUUCACUCUGGAUGGAACUGCAGUUGCUGGAGAAGAUUAUGAACCAGUUAAAGGUCUACUGUUGUUUUCGGCUGGCGAAACACACAAACAAAUCAUGAUUUCUAUUAUUGAUGACGAUAUUUUUGAGGAAGACGAACAUUUUACUGUCCAUUUGAGAAAUCUCGAAGUGAAACAUUCGUCUACCAAAAUCGAGCCGGUUCUGGUUGACCCCAUGGUUGCUACUAUUAUGGUUCUGGAUGAUGAUCAUUCUGGAGUUUUUCAGUUUGAUGUGGCUGAUCUUACCGUUAGUGAGUCUUGUGAAUACGCUGAGAUCAAAGUACAGCGUGUUUCUGGUUGCCGAGGUAUCGUUCGAUUGCCAUACCAGACCGUCGAAGGUACCGCUAAGGGAGGCGGAAAGGAUUUCGAAGAUAGUGUCGGAUAUAUAGAAUUUCAAAACGAUCAGACAGAGGGUGUCAUUCGUAUUCGAGUAAUGGAUGAUAAUAAUUAUGAGAAAUCAGAAUAUUUCUAUAUACAACUUGGUGAACCAGUUCUUAUUGACAAAGAUGAAAUAGCAGUUGUACGAUCCAUGGAUAAAUUCCGUCGAGCUCGUGAAAGAAUCAAAGUUCCAAGUCACUUAUUUGCACGCAUUACUCAACGGUCAGAUAGUUUAGUAAGUCGUACUAGUUCGACGAAAAAGCGUAAUUCACAAACGCCUAGUGCUAAAGAUGUAAAUUUCAAUCCACGUAAAUCACUUGGUUUCGUAGAAACUGGCCAACCGCGAUUAGGUCAACCAACAAGAAUUAAGAUUACAAUUACAGAGAGUACAGAAUUCAAGAAAACCGUUGACAGGUUAGUGAAACAAGGGACACUGGCCUUAGUGGUUGGUACAUCAUCUUGGAAAGAACAGUUCGUUGAGGCGAUAACUGUCAGUGCUGGAGGCGAUGUUGACGACGAUGAAGGAGAAAAAUUACCAACAUGCAUGGAUUAUGUGAUGCAUUUUUUGACCGUUUUCUGGAAAGUCCUCUUUGCAUUUGUUCCACCAACAGACUAUGGCGGAGGUUGGUUUUGUUUCACUGUAUGUAUACUGGUUAUUGGUGUUUUGACCGCAGUUAUAGGAGAUGUGGCGUCGUCAUUCGGUUGUUCAAUAGGAUUGACUGAUGCUGUUACUGCAAUAACGUUUGUAGCACUUGGCACCAGUUUACCAGAUACAUUUGCAAGUAAAGUUGCUGCUAUCGGUGAUCAAUACGCUGAUUCAUCUAUAGGCAAUGUAACUGGUAGCAAUGCUGUAAAUGUAUUCUUAGGUAUUGGUUUAGGCUGGAGUAUAGCAGCUAUAUAUCAUGCAAUUAAAGGAACACAAUUUUUAGUUCAACCAGGAUCAUUAGGUUUCUCCGUUACUACAUUUUGUAUAUUUGCUGUGAUAGCAAUUAUUUUGAUUAUGUUUAGACGUAAAAAAUCUAUUGGUGGUGAAUUGGGUGGUCCAAAAGUUGCAAAAUAUACUUCAGCUCUAUUUUUAUUUUUCUUAUGGUUUGUUUAUAUUCUCUUAGCUGGUUUAGAAAAUUAUUGUAUUAUUGAAGGUUUUUAAUUAUUAAAAGAAGAAAGAGAAAAAACACAAAUAGAUAAACGAAGAAAUCAGAAAAGAAAUAGGAAAAUUGUUUACAAUAACAACAUUACACAAAGUAUAUACUUUCAUACAAUAUAAAGUAAAACAAAACUAUACAAAUAUAGAAUCAUCAAUGUAACAUUUAUCUAAUUAUAAAUAAUAAAAAAAAUGAGAGAAAACAACAUUUAUUAUUCCAUUAACAACAUUACUGACUUAUACAAGAUUCAUAUAAGUGAUUUAUUAAAAUUACUAAAUACAUAUGCAUAUAAACACAAUUCUUUAAAUGUAUUACAGAAGUCAAUGUUGUUGUUGUUGUGAUUUAUUUCUUUGUUAAAUUGUUCAAUAGAAAGUUAUUAACGGUGACAUUAAUCAUGACAAUAUUGACACAUAUUGAUAUCUUAUUGUUUUAUUAUUAAUAAUCAUACUUCAUUAAAUAGUUUUAGGUAUAUAAAUAGUUGUACUUCGUUAUUUUCCCCUUGCCUGUAUCUCUUUCUUUCUUGUAAUCAUGCAGCCAUUUUCAUUUACAACCUAAAAACAAAAUAGAUUUACUAACUGAAUAGACCGUUAAACUUGUUUUCUCUUUAUUUUAUGAUUUAUAAGUUUAUUCUCAUCAAUUAAAUUGUCUUUUUUUUGACACUAAUUAGAGAAAAGUAAAUCCUAGUGAUAUGUUUUAGUACUCAUAUAUUUAUUGUUUAUGAUAUAAGAGUAAAUGAGUGUAAUCUGUAUAUUGAUCUGUGCUUGUACACUAAUUAUUGAUAACAGAGUCUUAAUGUAUUUUAUUUUCAUAGAUAUUACUUUGCACCUUUUUUUUAUUGUGCACAACCCAACAUCUUUACUACAUAUACCAAUACAUUAUGAUAUUUAUAUAUAUAUAAACUGAAAUAAACGAUCAUAAAUUAGAUUUUAUAGUUUUCCUAAAUACUUUUCUUGAUCAGUAAUUAUAAGGUAAUACAAUGAGAAACAUAUAUCCACAUCUAUAAUCAUUCUCAUUGUUAUUUAUUCUCAUUCGUAUGUACAUUUUCAAAAUAAUGAUGGAUAUUGUUACUACUUGUAUAUUGAUUUCUUUAUCCGUUCUUUUAUACAUUCGUUCAUUCAUUCAUAUAUGAAUUUAUCUAUUACUUCAAUUUACAUUGUGACUUGAAUUCACCAAUACUAGGCAUCAACAUUUUUAAUCGUUUCUAAUUGCAAGGAGAUAAAAUAUUAUCCACGUUGCAUAAACUCAUCAUAAUAAGUGGAAACAUGACCUUGUUGAAGAACAGUAUUUGUGUAAAGCAAUUAAAUUAAGUUGAAGGAAAACACUUGUUUAUUCUUUUUUUGAAAGUAAAUAAGCCUAUAUAUAGAUAGAUAUACUGGUCAAAACAAAUCAGCACUAAAACCGUAUCGCUUCUUUCGAUUUUCACAAUAAAAUAAACAAACAAAUAUUCCUAUUUCGACUUUAUAAUUAUUCUAAGGAUUUAUUCCGAAAAAUUAUGCUCAUGUUGUUGAGAGCAAUAUUAAUGUUAACUAUUCGCAUACAAGUUCAUUGGUGUUUUAAGAGCAUAGUCAUAUGAAUUUCUUACUUUCCAACAUCUCAUUCAUGUGAAUUUAACUGAGUAUUUCUUUUACAAAUAGAAUUAAGCAUCAUAAAUUCUGUACAUAACAUAUUUGUACAUACAUUUAGUCUGAUUUAAAUAUAUUUCUCUGCAUGCAGUGCCAUUUCCUUGCCUUCUUUUCAACUAACUUUUAAAAUAUCAAUCGUUUUAUUUUUCUUUUGGAUUCAUGUACUUACCAUUUUGAAUCCAUCAUCUCAAUAAGAUAAACCAUUUAAUUUUUUCUUUGAAUUUCUACACUUUAAACAUACACCUUCUGAUAUUUGGUUUUUUUCUUUCUUCCUUUCUUUGAAAUUCUUUCAUUAUAUUUCUUGGAAGACCAAAUGAUCAAUAAAUAUUUCAGGAUGAAAUGAUUUAACAUUUAAACGUGUUGUUACACCUUUUAAAUUACACAUAUAUGAGUUUAUUAAUAAAAUUUAUGAAUGCAAACAGAAAUCAAAAUCAGCGGCAUAUAAAUCUGAAUUAUUCAUUUUCACAUUUUGUAUUUUUACUCCAUAUCCCAAUGUAAUUUUGGUGUAAUUUUAUAGUGUUAGUUAUAUUUUUACCUACCACAUUUAAUAUUAAUUGUCAUAAACUUAUUAAUUACCUAUAUGUAUAUUUACAUAUAUGGAUAUUUACUGUUUAACAACUUUACACCAUAUUUGAAAUAUAAGAAAGUAUUGUAUUUACAUUUUUGUUUCUGCCGUCCAUGUACGCGUAUAUUACUGUAGAUUAUUUACAUUAUUUCUAAAAUAAAUAAGUUCUCUCUCUCUC